AUGCCGCGCGCAGUCCCGGGAGAGGAGCGGCGGGUCGGUGAUGACCUCUGGCCCCGGAGCCCGGGGCUGGAGCGCUCCGCGGAGGGGGGGCCGGCCGCCGGGCUCCUGAGUCCCGGAGCGGGGCGUGCCGCCGCCCGCAGUCCCGGAAGGCGGCGCGGGGACGCCCCGCGAGCAGGAGUGGCGAGUCCGGCCGGGAGCCCGGCCGGGGCGGCUCUCCUCGUCCGCUGCUGCGGGCGCCCGGCGCGGGGCUCCGCGGUGUGCGGGGGCGGCGGCCUCCCACCGCGGGCGGGUCCCCUCCCCGCCGCCCGCGGAGUUCCGUCCGGGGUCCGCCGCGGAGCCGAGCCGGCCGUCACGCAGCGCCGGCAGCCGGACGAGGGGGGAGUCGGGAAACGGGUCCGCGAGCGCGCGGCGGGCGGGGCGCGCGGGUGUGGACGAGCCUCGCCGCCGGGAGUCCGGCCGGAAGCGCGGCGCGCGGAGCGGAAGGGCGACCCGGACCGGAGGCUGUUUCUGGAAAAGACCAGCGACGACCGGACCCGAGCCGGCCCGGCCGGGUGCGAAGGCGGGAGAGCCCGGCGGCCUCGGCGAGGAGAAGCCGCGGAGGGCGCGACGAGCACCGCCGCGCUGGACCCGGGAGACCGUCCCCGGAGACGCGGAGACAGACGCGACCGCCGUCGCCGUCCGGGCGCCACGAAACGGCUCGCGGACUCCAACGCGCCCGGAGUUCGGGCGCCGCGGACGCUCCGCGUCGUCUCCGCAGCCCCGAGUCCUGAGCGCGGCCCGGUGUCCCCGGAAGCACCUCUGCAGCCCCUUAGGGAGUGCGUCCUGCUGUCCCCGGUCAUCCGAGGAGCAGCGGCGUCUGCCUGGGACGACGGUGACUUUCCUGGGACGCGUACAGUAGGGCCUUGGGCUGGAAGCGAAUCUGACGCGAACACGGCUUGGAUCCCGACCCUUGGAGAACAGCAGCGCGGGUGCCGAUUUGCCGGGAGGGGCCGCAGGCUCUCCCCGGGCCUAGACGCGGGGGCCACGUCGUGUUCCCUGCCUGUGAGAAUUGUCUAGUUUUCGUAGAUCUCCGAUUCUCGAAUCCUCUUCCGACGACAGCGGGCGACCCUUGACCCCCUCCCAUUCUCAGGCCACCCCAGCUGUCAUGGAAACAAGCUUUCUCAGGCUCUGGCUUUGCAAGUUGUCCGGCCCCUGCCUUCCCCAACCUUCCCCGGGACAGCCCUAGAAGCCUGACGGGGUCAAUCUGUGAUGUUCCAGAGAGCCUUCUGGACUCUUGCCAAGUGGUGUCCCAAGGAGACCCUCAGGGCUCACUUCUUGGUCCCCCUUGCUCCCUUCUGUGUGGGUCUGCCAGGCCUGGUUCCCUCCGCGGACGCACCGUGCAGCUGUCCCGGUUGUUCCCAGCCCCGCGCCAGCAUGGUGGGGAGAAGCCUAGAGCGCCCACGCCUCAGCCUUCUGCGGGUGCACAGGGGAUGUGGGCUGGCGGCCUCCAUUCGACAGCUGCGGGGGGCAGGGCUGUGUUGGAGCCUCAAGCAUGGCUCAGUCCCCCUCUACUUUCACGCUCCUCCCUGGGUGCCCUGUAGGCCCCUCUCGCUGGUGGGAGUCUCUGUGGUCUGGGGAGGUCUCCCUGCCCUGCAGGCCGGCCACACCUGAGAUGCGCGCUUCCCUAACACUGGGCAGAUGUCCCGUGUGGCGAGCCAGCCCUUUCAGCCAUCCUAGUUUCCAGAGCUCUCUGGUGUCUGUUAAAACACGGUGUUUGCGAUUACCCGUUUCCCCAAGUUCUUGUGGCAGGAUCCUUGGCUGGUUUCUACCUACUUCUCCCUUCCUGGAAGGAGACCUUGAAUGGGAUUCUGACAGAAGAGGAAACAGGCCUCCUAGACACAAGGACCAUCAUGGGUGGGGUUCUGGGGGUCCCUUGCUGGAGUCCUUUGUAGCAAAAACGGGAGCACGGCCAGAUACUUGAGAAGUUGUGGACACCACCAGUAAGAGUUGACUUAAUUGGCUUUGGAGGGGACCCAAGCAUCAAGUUUGCUCUCUGGGUUAUUCUAAUGUGUAACAAGGUCUGUAGACAGUGGGUAGUUCCUACAUGUUUUUGAGCAGACGUCUGAGCUGAUCUGAUCUGUGCAUACGACUCCGCCGGCAGCGGAGGGCAGAGUGAACUGGAGCUAUAGCCCCAGGUUCCAGGUGAUCCCAACCGACGGGAGUGGUUGCAGGGGAGGUUCUGAGCCUGACCACCACCAGGUCUUGUCACUAGCUGGGCAGGUUAGUGAGAAGGAGGGCUCCAAACUGGCCCCUGGAAGAAGACCCACAAACCAGGAAGGGGGGACGGGGGCACAUGGGGAAGAGACACGGAGUUCCCCGGGGGCCUGUUAGGUCUGAGCUGCCUGGGCACAUGGGAGAGCCCGCCAGUGGGUGGGAGAGCAGGGCUGGUAUGGUAGGUUCCUGGGGAUGCCAGGGCAGUGCAGAAGCCACCAAGUGAGGGGAGCGUCUCCUGUGGGCAGGGUGGCCACAGUGUUGUACGCAGAGAACCUAGGCGCCCAGCAGCCAGCGUCCGGUGGUGUCAGAGACAGUGGCAAGGUCACGUGAGACCAGGGCUGGGGUUGGGGGGGGCUGGGGGGGUUGUGCUGGAGGGUCCAGGCUGGGACUGGGAGCACAGGCAGGAGCGAGGCUUGCCAAGGAGGGAAGUGGUGUUUCUGCAGAAGAGACGGGAGGGGCCCACGCAGGUGCUUGUUUACCCCGUGGUAACAUGUAAUCAGUGGACUCUCUUCCUCUGUUCUGUCCCCCUUCCCUGCCCCUGGUUAAAAACUGCAAAGUCAGCAGAUACCAAACCUACGUGUAGUCCUGAAAUGAACCCAGCAGUGGACCUGGAGUAGACAACAUUACCAGGAUUGUUAGGGCGACCUGGGUGUGCCCCCCUUCCCAUCCCACCCCCUCCGUUCCCGCAGUUCUGCGUUCGCCAUGCUCCUUUUCUGUGGAGUUUUGCUUCCGCACAUGUACAAGCCACAAGCGUGCCGUGUAGUUACGCUCGCUUUGGAGGGUUGUAAAAAUGCAUCACACACGCGGGGUUCUGGUCUGUGAGUGGUUCUCACUCAUCACUGUGUCCAGAGCUGACCCACGGCGCUCUGUGUGGUCACUGCUCGUGACUUGUCUUCAGUAGCUCGCGCCGGAGUGCGAGACGGUGUCGUUACCAUACUCUUGUACGCGGACAUCGGGGUGGUUUGGGUUCUUACAAAAAGGGCUGGUUCCCUGGUGCCCUGCGCUGGAGCCCGAGGGUAGUGCUGCUGAAUCCCAGGACGCAGAGUUGGGGGCAGCCUCGUUCCCACGCGGCUGCCAGCUCGCGCCCCCACCGCGCUCUGGCGGCCCCGAGCCUCGCAUCCUGGUCUCUGUGGGUCUGCGUGAAGGUGUGUGCGGCGGCCCCGGCUGUGGUCUCAACCCGCAUCCCUCCCGGAGCCCCUCCGGCCACGCUGUUUCCCUGUUUUCCUGCCGUCGUGCCUGCUCUUCUCAGAAGCGCCCGUCGUGUCGCUCAUCCUUCCCCACUGGGCCGUGUCCUACUGAUGGGUAGUACCGCAUUCUGGCUUCGGGGUGCCUGUGUUUGUGUGUUACCCACGUCAUCUCUUACGUUUUGCCUUGUUCUUUUCAUCUUCUUGAUGAAAUCUUUGAUGAACAGAGUUCGUUUGAGGAUAGCAUUGCCUAACCCGGGACGAUAAAGACAGCUUCCUUUUUACUUCUGAAAGUCGGUUCAACUUUGCCUUUCACGGCCAAGUGUUCCGUAGUAAGAAAUGGAAUUUUCACAUGGGGUGUGAGGCGGUGAUCGGAUUUCCUUCCCGUGGGGAUAGGCAGUUGUCCCGGCCCUAGUGUGGAAAAGAGAGUCCCGUUUUCACUGACCUGCGGCGCAUCCCUGGUGUGGGCAAGUGCCUGUAAAGGCACGAGCCUCUUCUGGACUUUCUGUCCCGCUUUGUUCUUGGACUGUCUGAACUGCUGUCGCUUCACAGUAAGUCAUGACCUCUGGGAAGUUGCUUUACAUGUGUUGUGGAUAUUCUUGGCCUUUGUUUUCUCAUAAAUUCUAUAAUUAGUGUGUCAGUUUUAUUGAUAAAACUUGUUAGAGUUUUGACCAGAACUGUACGGAGUCUGUAAAUCAGUUCGGGGAGUGACAUCUCUGUGACUUGGACUGUCCCAUCCGCAAGCUGCGCAUCGGUCUAGUUGUGUAGGCUCUCUCUGAGGUCUUCUAAUAGGAGUUUUAUGAUUUUCUCCAUAUAGGACUUGCACAUUUUUUGUUAGAUCUAGUCCUAGUUUAUUUUUUUAAUACCUGGUACUUUUGUUGACACGAUACUUAGGAAAAAACAAAACACACCCGACUUCUGGUUUAUUGUUGCUGGCGUAGGAAAUGCAGUAGGUGUUUGUGACCCGACGCUAUACCUGGUAAUCUUUUCAAGUUCUUUCCUAUUUAAUUCAUUAUUUUGGCUUUUUUUUUUUUUUUUUCAAGGAAAACUUAAUAACAGACAAGUCUUACUGAGCAUCAUUUUUGCCUCCUUUCAGAUGUUUUAAGAUGUGAUGAUCUUCUUAUGGUCAAUCACGCAAUUACUCUUUUGUAUUCACUCUGAUCUUACUUGGCAAAUCAGAGUAUAUUUUAAAAUGUCCACACGCAUGGGAGUUUUUCUCCAUCUUUCUAUGGUUGAUUUCCAGAUGAACUGCAUUAUAGUCAGAUAGCAUAAUCUGAAUGAUGCUACUUUCCUGAAAUUUAAUGCGGUCGGAGUAAUUCCAGGACCGGGUUACUGUGUGUUUCAGAAGAAUGAGUAUUUUUUCCUUAUUUGAUUCAGGUUCUACAUCUACCCAAUACGUCAGCCCUCUUGAAUGUGCCGUUCAGCUCUUCUAGGUUUACACAGUUUUCUGUUUGAGCAAAAGCAGUGUUUGCGAGAGCUAAGUUGAAAUCUCUCCUAUGGUUGCGAACUUGCCAAUCUCUCCCUGUCGUUUUAUUGACUGUUUCUGUGUGUAUAUGUGUGUGCUUGUGUAACGUGUGUGCAUGUAUAUGUGCGAGUUUGUCUGUGUUUGGGGGGAGAGGCUGCUAUUAAAGGAGUACACAUUUAGUAUUUUUAUGUCCUUGGUUAAUUGAACCUUCUUCGUUGUGCGGAGCCCUCUGUACCCUGAACAAUGCUUGCUCUUCUAAUGUAUUUCCUCUGAAGUAAUAUGACUAUCAUAACUUCCCUUUUUCCUAAGAUUUUGUUUCUUUCUUUGUCAGAGAGAGAGUGAGCACACAAGCAGCGGGAGGGGCCGAGGGAGAAGCAGGCUCCCAGCUGGGCAGGGAGCCCGAUGCGAUGCGGGGUUCGAUGUCAGGACCCCGGGAUCAUGACCUGAGCCGAAGGCAGACGCUCAACCGACUGAGCCACCCAGGUGCCCCGUCGUAACUUUAUGUUAAAGCAUGUUUGCCUGGUGUACUCCUCAUUUUUACUUUUAAUGUUUGUUUACCUUAAGUGUAGACAUUUAUGCUGUGAACCCCACAGAGCUGGUCCGUCUUUCAGCUGCUGAGUCCAGGGUGUUCUGUCGAACCUCAGGUUCCGGGGCGCCUGGGGGCUCAGUCAUCAAGCGUCAGCCUUCAGCUCAGGUCAUGAUCUCAGGGUCCUGGGAUCAGGCCCAGUAUCGAGCUCCCUGCCUCCCCCACUCCCUCUCCCACUCCCCCCUGCUUGUGUUCUUUCUCUCGCUGUCUCUCUCUGCCAAAUAAAUAAUAGAUAAAUAAAUAAAUAAGUAAUCUCCUGUUUCUACGGGUUCUCCCCUCUCAUCUCUUUUUCCCCUUUGGUGAUACAUGACAUCUGCUUUUCUAUUUAUUUAUUUACUUUUUACUCUAUUUUUAUCCUUUUGGUUAUCACCACUGAAAUUUUACUUUGUAUUAUAUUCCUAACUUACUAAAUGUAAAGUUAAUAUUCCAGUUCCUUUGCAAACAAUACAUAGAUCUUAAAGUACUGUACCCACCUCUGCUCUUCUCUGGACUUACGUGUGGAAAUUGUGCAGAAUUUUAGUUCUGCAUCUUAGGUCCCCAAAUUAGAUACUCUUGUUACUUUAUAGACAAUGUUUGUUUUCAUGUAAUGUGUAGUUACCAGUUUAUCUGGUCAGCAUUUUCCUUACAUUUCAUGUCUUCCUUUAAGUGAUAAAUAACUUGUUA